UCUUGCUAUCUCAAAUAUGGGUAGUCAAACUUAUAGGAGGAGAAAUCACUGAACUGAAUAUAAAAAAUUCGAUCGAUCCUGACUCUCUUUGAUUGAGCCUCUAAAUUUAUAAAAGUCUUCACAAAAUAUAGAAAAUUCUCUAGAAAACUUGGUCUUGUAGUUGCUUAUGAGCAUUGGUAACUAUUACUCAGAGUUUAAUAGUUCGAUAUUCUACCAAAGACUCACUCUUGAUGAAUUCCUUUCGAUAAUUGAGCAGUGAAGUAUAAUAUAGCAAGUAGAUUGUAAUCGAUUCUGUGAAUAGACAGAGGGUCUAACAGGAUCUAUCGAAUUGGAAGUGUGAUACUCGAUUCGAUUCCUUCACUAAAUAACAGAACCGAAAACUUUUUGACCCUGCUUUCGAGCUCAGUCUGGCAACACGGAGCCUCUCAUUCUCUUCCUCUUAGAUUCAGGACAUUCUGGUAGUGUUAUAAAAUCUGAAAAUUAGGAUCUAUUCUUCUCUGAUAUUGCUCUAGAAAUCCUGAGAAAUACCCUUUUAAUGCCUCUCAAUGAAAGGGAUAUAUCCAGAAUUAGGCUAUGAAGCCAUAUCUGACCUGCUAGCUGGUUAUCCUUCAAAACCAGGCGAUUUUGGAGUCUUUUCAAGUGUUCUCUAUUCCACAUGAAUUUUCAAAAAAUUUCGAGUAUAAAAUAAAAUGAUUAAAUUUUCAGUAAUAAUUACAAAAGAUAGUUUUACACGUCUCCUAACUAUUUUUAGUCAAAAUAAUCAUGAUUUCAAAAUUAGAACUGGAAGGAGUGUCAUGUUCGUCACUUUUCCCCAUCUUGUUCCCAAUGAUAAAGGAUGUUCUAAGAGUUGGCUAGAUGUCCCUUAACAUAGUAUAGACCAUCUCUGGCUUCGGAACUGAGUCUCGGGUUCAGGAGAAGGAAGAGGAGUGUUUAAAAAUUACUCUUUAGAAGAGAGAAAUUCUCGAAAAUUAUUCGAAAAAAUCUUAUAUCUUUUAGUAACGGGAAGACUUGGAGGAGAGAACGGUAUGAGGAUUUGAAUUGGAGCUAUCUUUAUCUUUGAGUAUGGCUAACAGAUUAUUAGUCAUUGUAUAUAUUGAGAUAUCAGCCGAGAAGUGGUAAAAAUUAGCUGAUCCUACCCAGCCCAAGCUCUUUUCAGACCCUAGAGCUCACAUCAGUAGUUCUUCUUCCUCCCAAAAUAAUUUCCUACAAUUCCUCUCUCAACCUGAUCUCAAACGUUAUUUUCCAAAUUUUUGUAAUUUCAUCAACUGUGACGUUAUUUAGACUAAAUUUCCCAAAUUUCCCCAUUUUCAAAGCCAUCCAACUUUACACUUCUUUUGGCUAAAAAUGAGCUUAAAACUAGGUGAAGUAUACCCAACUCCCCAAACCACCCCAAAUGGACUAAUUUCCCCUAAUCUUC